CCGAAACCAUCGCCAUGGCCCGCGCCGGCAAGGGGUCGUUGUCGUCGCUGCUGCUGCUGCUCGCCGUCGUCCUCGCCGCCUCCACGGCGCUCGCCUCGGCCGAGGAAGCCAACGCGCCGCUCGUGCUCCCGUCCGCGCGGGCAGCGUCGUCGUCGUCGACGUCGUGCCUGGACAACCCGCCGGACAUGACGGUCACGGGCGCCGAGGCGGGCCAGACCGCGCCCGACUUCCACGGCGUCGAGGCCUACCUCACCGGCUCACGCCGCGCCCACCGCGCCAUCGUCCUCGCCUCCGACUACUACGGGUUUGAGGCACCGAAACUAAGGCAAAUAGCAGAUCAAGUCGCAGCUCUUGGUUACUACGUCGUGGUUCCCGAUCUGCUGCACCGCGAUCCUUUCAAGGAUGGGUUCUCAUUUGAGGAAUGGAUAAAGACACACUCCCCGGCCGACGCAGCUGAGAAGGUCCAGCCGCUCAUUGCUGCUCUGACGAAGGAAGGGAAGAGUGUUGGGUUCGGCGGUUACUGCUGGGGUGCCAAGGUUGCUGUCGAAUUAGCGAAAACGGAUGAAAUCCAAGCGGUUGUCAUUUCUCAUCCUUCCCUAGUCACUGUCCAUGACAUGAAGAAGAUCAAAUGCCACAUUGCGGUACUCGGAGGCGAAUAUGAUACGCGUUCGCCGCCACAGCUGGUACAACAGUUUCAGCGUGUCCUGGAGCAAAACGAGGCGAUCGACCACAUGGUGAAGAUUUUCCCGAGAGUUCCCCAUGGUUUCGCCUGCAGAUACAACUCCAGUGACCCGUUCGCCGUGAAGACCGCGGAGGAAGCUCGAGAGGACAUGGCCAGCUGGUUCACCAAGCAUCUGAAGCAUGAGAGUGAGAGCUUCCAGUUCCAGAGAGCUGCAGGGAUCUAGGAAGCAUCUACAGCUAGGAAGAACACGCCUCUCUGCAGUAGCUCUGCCUCUCUCUCAUCUCAUGGAAUCUUGUAGUGGUACUAAAAGGAGUACUCCCUCCAUACCUA